GAUAAAGUGGGUGUGACCCUCAGGAAAUUGCUCAUUAUUUGCCAUUAGUGCCUCUGAGUGCGUGCCUUCCCAUUACCCCAUAUCUUUGCAUAUUUAUAGUCCUCCGUUCUUUCACUCCUCCCUCCCUCUUCCCUUCCUCCUUUCUUCCCUCUGUCCUGGGAACUGGUUGAACCAGAGUACAACCUGCUCAUCUGCCUCUGGCGGAGCAGCUGCAGGAGCUGAGACGUGCUGAGUUGCAAGCAGAGCAGCAGAGCCAAGGCUUGGGAGGCUAGGCUGGCGCGCUACGCUGCGGGGCGCUGCUGAGGGCGAGCAUUGGACCGGCCACCUCCCCGAGGCCCAUGCGGGGUUCUAUACAGCCCGCGGCUCGCUCAUGAGACCACUGCGGUGCGGGGAGAGGACCCAAGGCAUCCCGCUGGGGCUGCUCGCGUUCUGGGUGACUGCUGCCCGCUGUCUGCAGAGCCAGGGGGUGUCACUGUACAUUCCACAGUCGGCCAUCAACGCCACUGUCCAACAAGAUAUCCUGUUGUCAGUGGACUACAUCUGCCAUGGCGUGCCCACUAUUGAGUGGAAGUACACUCCUAACUGGGGUGUGCAGAGGAUCGUGGAGUGGAAACCAGGGACCCCAGCCAAUGUCUCCCAAAGCCACAGAGACAGAGUCUGCACCUUUGACAAUGGCUCCAUCCAGCUUUUCAAUGUGAGUGUGAAGGAUUCUGGCUACUACAUCGUCACUGUCACAGAGCAUCCGGGGAGCAGCCAGUCUGGCACCAUCUUGCUGCGUGUGUCUGAGAUCCGCUAUGAAGACCUCCACUUCGUUGCUGUCUUCUUUGCUCUGCUUGCUGCCGUGGCUGUGGUGCUAAUCAGCCUCAUGUGGGUUUGCAAUCAGUGUGCGUAUAAAUUCCAAAGGAAGAGGAGGUACAAACUCAAAGGUAAUGCUUUGGGCCGGGUGGUAAUCCCUUCAUGCGUUGGAGGCCAGAGGUGGCUCCUGUUACCUCAUUCACACUAAGAAAAACCACUGGGUGACAGAUUUUCAACCUCUUGAGUAUGUGGGUGUAUGCAUGUGUGUGUGUGUAAGUCGGAGGUCAAUAUUAGGUGUCUUCCUCAAGCACACUCCACUCCUGAUUUUUGAAGCAAAUAAUUUUCUCUGACUAGGAGAUCACGAAUUGGCUAGACUGGCUGGCUGAUAAUUCCCGGAAUCUGCCUGUUUCCAUCUACACCCUGCGCAUAAGGAUUACAGACGUGUGCCCUGGAAUUCUUACGUGGGUUCUGGGGCUCUGAAUUCAGGUCUUUAUGAUCGUGCAUUUAACCAAAAGAGGUUGCCUUUGACUUGUCUCUUGCUUUGCAGAAAGCACCACUGAGGAGAUUGAGAUGAAAGAAGUUGAGUGUUAGCCAAGACUGUGCCCAAUUACAUUGCUACCUCAAGAGAAAAACAGUAUUUUCCAGUCGAAGGAACAAACAGAGCCCAUCCUUGCUGCAGCUCCCAUACCCCUUUCCCAGUGAGACAGCUGGCAGAUAAAGAAGCUGACCGUGGGCCUGGAGGGGAUGGCUUACUUAUAUAAGCCAGUUCUAGGAGUCGCCUGUAGUUCAAAGCAACAUCUGAGACUUUCAACCAGGAACUUUCCUUGGUUUCAGCUUCAGGGCCAUGCUAACCCUUAAAACAGGCAGGCACCAGCUACCACACUGCAGUCCCACAUUGCCCUGCUGAAGCAGCUACUGUCUCCAGAGCCGGCGUGUCUGCAGAGGGGCCGAUGUGCAGCUUUCCGUGCCUCUGUGCUCCUGUCUAAUGUGCAAACGGUGGCACCGUCCUCCUCCCCAUGUUAUAUCCCAUAAACGUGAGCAAGCCUGAGGCUCUGACAAUCUGAUGAGGUAAAGUGAACUGUACCUCACAGGGAGCAGUUGAGUGCACAAAGGGCCCAGCUCUGGGCACAGGGAGCAGCAAACAUCAAUCUCAUCCUCCCUCAUACGAAGUUACCUGAGUAGCCUAAACUUGGGUUACUAUGAGAAAAAGGUGGCUUACGCUGACCGGGGUAGCUGGAUGGGCAGUACACCAGUAGAAUCUGUACGGCUUCAUCCAUUCGAUCAGCAACACUUCAGGUCCCCAGUCAGGUCCCAGGCAGAGGAGUGUGUGCUAUUCACCUACCUCAUAUGGCAUCAGGAGAAGCCAGUAUUAGCCUAGAUCUCUCAGAGGCAUUAAGCAAAGCAAGCGAGGGCUGGAGAGAUGCUGGCUGUUAAAGGCUAGGCUCACAAUGAAAAAUAUAAGAAAAGCAUGCAAACCAUUGAAGGAUCUGGAAAGUUAGUUGAGAAAGUGCAAUAUUGCAUAACAAAGGUUAAAAUGCCCUGGGAUGGGACUGGAGAGAAAGGAGGCUCAGCUCCUAAGAGCACUUGCUGUUCUCCCAGAGGACCCUGACUCAAUUCCAUGAACCACAUGGUAUAACUCCGGUUCCACAGAAUGCCUCGCUCUUCUGGCCCCCAUGGGCAUUGCAUGCACACAGUGCACACAUAUAUGUGAUGGUAAAACAUUCAUACAUGUGAAAAAUAAAAUUUAAAAAUUAAAUCUAA